UCUACCGUGGUGAAAUUUUGAAUUCGCUAACAGUCUAUCACAUAGACUUGUCGCGUCAACAUGUGUUUGUUCGCUCGGUUGUAUACUCCUGGUAGAGUGUCGUUGUUUUAACCAAAUCGUGUCUAUGAGAAGAAGGACAUUGUGUAUAUAUUUUCUUUUGAGAAAAACAAAAAGAAAGAGAAUUUUUGACUUUCAAUCCUCCAGCGUACAGAAGAAAAAAACAAAAAUAAUAUGUUGUCGAUGCCUAUGUCCUCCGUGGAUACAAAUACGAGUAUGUCCACGUUCACCGUAGAUACAAGUAUGAGUAUUAAGGACCAGAUGACUUGUGUCAUCGCAGCUACUAAGUUAAGAACAAUACCGACAACGAAGCACAUUCCUCUGGAACCAGGAAUUCUGAGAUGUCCAGUAUGUAGCUUUGUUACGGCGAAAAGAAAACAGUUUCUACAUCACAUGGCUCACGAAGGUUGUCCGUCGCAAUAUAAUCAGUUCGAUUAUAUAACCGUGAUGCUGCAACUGGUAAAUCACAGCAUUUCCGACGAGAUGUCGGCUUCGUCUUCGGAGGACGAGGCCGGAAACGAGACGAAAGAUCUCACGAAGAAUCGAAAACAAAGCGGUAAGAAAACUGAACGGAAAAAAGAAGCGCAUGUGGAAAUGAAAAAAUGCAUGUUUUGCGAUAUCCAAACAGCGAAAGGUACUCAGGAAUAUUACGCGCAUCUGCGUACGCAUCUUCCCGAAGGCUUUGUUUGCAUAAAAUGCUCCUUCGUCGCGCAGCACAAUCAUCAUUUGCUAUUUCAUUGGUUUAGUGCUCACGAGACGUACAGACCUUUCAAGUGCUCGUACAGAGACGAGGAGAAGAACAGCAAUUGCAAGUACAGAUGCAUAAGCAAGUCUAUGCUUGCGAGUCACGAGAAAGUGCAUCUGCAGUUCUAUCAAUAUCGUUGCGAUACGUGCGAGUACAAGACGAGACACAAGAGCUCGUUGAAGAAGCACCUCGAGUCGACGAAUCACGUGCCCCAAGUCGUGUUGAAUAUGGAUGGCACGCCGAAUCCGGACAUAAUCAUCGACAUCAAUAGCAGAAAACGCGGACCCCGACAAAAAAAAGAUGUCAAAACACCAAGUAGAACAGCCAAGACGUUGGAUGACAGUAAUUCUUUGUCGGAUUACAAAGCCACGACAAAUAGUCAACUAACUGACACGAGCAGUUCGUGUGCGAGUCAGUGCGGCACACCUGAUGAGAUUAUGACGAGAUGGGUCGAUACCCCAAUUCCCACGUCUAAUUUAUUAGAAUUUUACAAACAUUAUUCGGAAUUAACACCACUUAAUUCCAGAUUUUAUGCGCUAUUGUACAAUAGCGGAAAUAUCAUAAAUACCGGAUAUUCGUCGGGAUCCGUUCGGGAUAUCGCGAACGAUUCUAGCAAGGAUGCCGAUAGCUUUGACAAAAGAGAUGUCGUUGAAAGAGAUGUCGCCGAAAGGGACGUCGAGAAAUGUUCGAUGAUAUCAAAAUUUUUGGACAAAGCGCAGAUUCUGUUGCGUAGUAAUAUGAAGAACGCCACGGUUACGGGAUAUUCGUCGGAAUGCAAUCAGGAAAUUUCGACUAAUAAGUCUGACAACAAAACCGACAGCUUCGACAACGAACACAUUGCCGAGAUAUACUCGAUAAUGCCAAAAUCUCCGGAAGAAGUACCGGAUGAUAAAUGUGUAGACGAUAUAAAUAGACAAGUAGAUCUCAUAGAUUUUAAUACACAUACGAAAGACGUAGACGAGCCAUACAAUCUCAGCGUACGUAAGACGAUUUGGGACGAAUCAACUCAGUUGCAAACUCGACCAGUAGUUACGAGCUUACUCACUAACGUUAAGACACGGAAGGAUACACGAAAGAGGACGGAAUCGGAGGAGAUGGAGGAACUAAACAAAAGUGUUAAACAAAAACGUACACGGUCGUACGAAGCGGAAAUUCCCGUAUUCCCGAUGACCAGUGCGCUCGAGAAGAAAAACCAGGAGGAUUGCACAAUAAGCACAAGGGACGUAAUUAAAAUUAACGAACACCCGGAAAUGGGAUCAAGGAAUAUCACGAACGACAAUUCCGCUAACGUAAUUAAUGUUCCCGAAAAUGCGACGAAAAGUUGUAAAACUUUAUACUCACAGACAUACAUGUGCAAUUAUUGCGAGCUCACAUUUCGUAAUUCGAUCAUGUACGACGAACACAUGGGCUAUCAUGAUAAAACGAAUCCGUUACAGUGCCAUAAAUGUCGUGAGGAAUAUCUUAAUUUUGUAUGUUUUUUCAAACAUAUUGGCAGUAGGCCGCAUUGAUGAGAUUUGUAUUUAUUUUCUUUCUAGUCAUAUACAAGACAAAUUAAUAUAUAUAUACACAUGUUAUACACGCACACACACACAUAUAUAUAUAUACAUUGUGUUCGACACAAAUUCGACAUUCGUAAUAAGGUUUUUCUCGUCAAAAACCUCAUUGAUGCAUAAAAUGUCAAAAUAUGUUUACAGAAUGUUACUAAAUCAAAGACUUAAAAUAGACCAAAGAAAACAAUAUCUAUUAUGAUGUGUACUUAUGUCGGAUGUAAUUAUAACGGAUAGGUGACGUAGUCAGUAUUCAUCAAUUUCAUAAAUAAAAUAAUGUAAAUUAAUUAAUUUUAUAUUUAUUGAUAUUUAGUUUAAUGCUCAACAUAAUCCACUCAAGUUUGAAGUUCACGCGUCUAUUUGUUUGUCACGCGCGAAGUUCUACUUAAAAAAAUAAUUGCAGAAGCGAAUAUCACUUGCUCAGUUCAACAAAACGAGCCAGGUGUGCGAGCUUCAAUAAUUAUUAUUGUAGAUUAUUUCGAGCAUUGUGUGUAAUAAAUGAUUUCAGUUUCUGGCUUAACUUAACAAGUGAAAAUUGAAAGCUUUUUGUUUUGUUGCUCUUUCUGUCAUCUUUCUAUAUAUUUUUCAUUGGAUAAUUAUAAAUUAAGAUAAUUAUAGAUAAUUAUCGUAUUUUUCUGAAUCGAGAAUUUUUAUGCUUUAUCUUGUUCUGUGAACAAUAUAUAGAAUAAGAAGACUUUAAUAAAUAAUAGCAAUUUAAGUUUACGUUGAAACGGUUGUGAAAAGAUUACCACGACAUAUUUAUGCUAAUCGCUGAAUUACUGCAAAUACAUAUAUAUAUAUACACAUAUAUAUAAUUGACAUUUCAAAUCAAAAUAUAAUAUAUAUGAUAC